AAUUUUUUACUUUGGUGUCAAAUACUGAUUGGUCAAUGAUUCCAGAUAAUAAUUUCUUCUUUUCCGAAAAUGGUGCUUUGAAUUAUCUUUUUUUAUUUGUUAAAAUGAACUAACUUAAAAAAUAAAUACCCGAAACCGCAUUAGUUGCUAUAAAUAGGCAUUCCGCUCAUUCUUACCAGCACUGCACUUUGUUUAGUAGUUCUAAACUCCCUUAUCUUCCUCUCCUCUUCCACCAAAAGAAAAGUCCCUUUUUCCCAGGUUGUCCCUGAAAGGGAAAUGGCUGGAGGAAGUUCACCCUGUGCUUCCUGCAAGCUGUUGAGACGUCGCUGCGCCAAGGACUGCAUCUUUGCACCUUUCUUCCGUCCCGAUGAUCCUCAUAAGUUCGCCAUUGUUCACAAGGUGUUUGGUGCCAGCAAUAUUAGCAAGAUGUUGCAGGAGCUUCCAGUUCAUCAGAGAGCAGAUGCAGUGAGCAGCUUAGUGUAUGAAGCAAAUGCAAGAGUUCGAGACCCGGUGUAUGGAUGCGUUGGGGCGAUUUCCUACCUACAGAAUCAAGUUUCUGAUCUCCAAAUGCAGCUUGCAGUGGCUCAAGCAGAGAUACUUUGCAUUCAGAUGCAGCAAGACCCUACCUUGCCGAUACAGAUUGAUCCUAAUAACUUCAAUAAUAACCUUCCACAGUAUCUCAGCUUUGCUUCUUCUAGCAAUGUAAUCCAAGACCCUCUAAAGAGAGAGUCUCUAUGGACAUAAUUUGCUAUUCCCUAAUGAAAUGCAUGCUAGUGUCUCU